UCGAACAAGUCCAUAAUAGAUCCCCUGAUCUUUUAACUUGAGGAGAGUGAGGCAGCAGUCGGCUAGAAGCCACUCAAUUUGACUAAAUGACUAACUUUGUCUCCUUUCUUCUUCAACUUUGUAAUUGCGAGAGCGUAGUGGAAGCUAAUAUGUUACAUAUAUAUAUAUAUUUUUAUUAGGCGCCUAGCGGAUAUACACCAGAGCAAUGGGCAGCUGCACAACAGCAAGGUUGGGCUCAAUGGCAACAAUGGCAACAACAAUAUCAACAAUGGCAGGCACAAUAUGGUGACAAGUAUCAGGAGAUGAAGCAUUUGUCAGCGCAGGAUAUGAACUUGACGAGUCAAAUGCAAGUGUCAUCAAAUGUGCAACCACCGCCUCUUCCUAAGGAGGAAACGCGACCUCCUUUGCCCCCCGCUACCACAAAUACAUAUCAAUUUACAAACCUGCCACCCCCGCACCAAAACAAUCUUCCAUUAUUCCCCUCGAAAGAAUCUGCCAAUAAGACGAUGUCGCAAGCGAAUAUAACAAAUUAUCCUCCGAAUCCACCAUUACCUACUACGAGCCAACCACCUUUACCACCUGAAAUCGCCGAGAAUAGGGAGAAUGUCACAGCUGAAAAAUCUAAUAGUAAUGUAAUUAGUGAAUCCAAUAGUGGUAAAAAAUUGAACUUAGAAGAUGACGAAUUGACCGAAACUGAGAAAACAUUUGACGCACAGUUCAAACAGUGGGAAGAACAGUUUAAUGGCUGGAAGCAGCAAAACGCUAAUCAUCCAGACAAGGCCCAGUAUAAACAUUACGAAGCAAAAUGGACAUCAUGGCGUGAGAAACUUCUCGAACGGCGUGAGCAGAUGCGCAAGAAACGCGAGCAACAGAAACAGGCUGCCGCGAAAGCAGAAGCUGAAAAGAACAAGAGCAUACCUGGCGAUGAUAAAAUACUAAACAUCUUAUCCAACACCGACAAUCAGCGAUUGAUCAACAAUCUAUUGGGUAUUGGGAAAACUUUGGGUCUUACAGGGAAGCAAAAUAUUCCCGCAUCUUUAUUGCCCCCGCCACCGCCUCCACCGGUGCCGGAAACCACGAAUUCUAAUAAUCAACCUGCCACACAAGGGAUGCAGCAAACUCCAUCGCAAAUGAACAUGAUUAGACCCGCAGCACCAAAUUGGUCGAAUCAACAACAAUGGGGAAAUCAACAAUAUAAUCCCAGAAUGGAAGCGCCGGGGUACGGUCCAGGAAUGUCGACAAUGCCUCCGACAAUGCUCUCAACACCGGAUGUUGGGCCACCUCAAAUGACCUCGUCAAAUUUUGCACAACCCCAGUUGAAUCUGCCAAGUAACAUCACACCAAACUUUUCACAACCUCCGCCAAAUUUUUCUGGUAAUAAUCGAAUGCAAUUGCAAAAUGUGAAAGCGCCGGGUCCAGCAAACAUGAAAGAUUGUCCUCCGUUUGGUUCGGCAACUAAUUCUUCAAGUACGAAUGUGCGUUUUAUGCAUCCAAACGAUCGACCACCUCACAAUUUUGACGGGCAGCCGAACUUUAGAAGAGGCGAUCAGGAACGUUUCGGACGAGAUAAUACUAAUCCAAAUUUGCACGAACAAGAUCAGUUUAGACCUUCUACUGAUACUUUUGACAAAGUCGACGCACAACGUUUUAGAAGAGACGAUAGAAGUGAUUUUGGGAAUAAUCAAUUAAAUUCGCAGAAUAAUUUUAAUCCAGAUAAUGAUCGAUUUGGACCAGCAAAUGACCGUUUUGGACCAGGGAAUGAUCGUUUCAAUAGGGAGACCAAUCGGUUUGGACCGAUGGGAAGUGAUAGGUUUGCAUCGGGAGGUGAUCGAUUCGGAUCAAACAACGAUCGUCCAGGAUCUGAUCGAUUUAACAAUGAAUGGUUUGGACAGGAGGGUGAUCGAUUUAAACCUGGAAAUGAUCGACUCGAGAUGGACAAGGAUCGCCGUGGACCUGGAAACGAUCGAUUUCCAGAUAAUGAGCGACUUGGGUCGGAUCGGUUUGUACCAGGUGGACAAUUUGUUUCUGGAACUGAUCGUUUCGACUCUAAAGAUCGUUUCUUCUCUGGUAAUGAUCGAUUUGGUUCUAAUAGCGAACAUUUUCGUCCGAACGAUCGAUUUGGUAGAGAUAACGCAGAUUAUUUCGAUCCAAAAGAUACAACUGAUCACAGACGAGACAGUUUUGGUACUAAUACUCGAAGUUUCAAUAGAAAUCCAUCAUUUAGUCCGCCGAACGAGCUACCGCCAGAACUAAGGAAACUCAUGGAAAAGCGAAAAGCAGCAGGGGAUGUAUUCAGGCCAAGUUUUAUUGAUUCCGAUAAAACCACUAGUGUUGGUUCUCUUAGCGAGAGCUUCAAAAAGAUUACCGGUGACUCACCCUUUAGAAGCUCCUUCGAUUUUCAAAAGACUCCACCAAAUCGUAGUGGAUUAGUAAGUAGUGGACCAUCAAGUUUUCAAUCACAUCCUUCCGACUUGGGACAAAUUUCCACUUUGUCGUAUGGACCACGUCGUAUGGAUCACCUUUUCAACCGCGAUAACGAACCUCCUUUCAGAGGACAUCCAGACAACUUUGCUAAACACAAUCCCAUAGAUCACAAUGAACAAAUAGGGAAGAAUAUGGAAACCAGACCGCAUCCCAAUCAGUCUCAGCCAACAAAUAUUCAGUCUCUAGAUGCAGUUAAACAAUCUGAAAAGAUUGAAACUGCUGAGUCUGAUUUUCCGCUGCAAACUGGUAAUAUUGCAGAUGCAAAAGAAACAGAAGCGAUGCAAACGAAUGAGGCUAAUGAUUCUACUAAGCAAAACGACACCGUUACUUUGGAUGGCUCGAAGAAUAAUAAUGGGGCAAUAGAGGUUAUAGUUAUUAACGAUGAUAAUCCUUUGAAACAGGAUGACAAGCAAUCUGAUAAUCAAAUAAAAAACAACACCGAAAAAGUAAAUGAAUCUAAUAACGAUAGCAUUAUUAAACAGCCUGAAAGCUUGCCCUUCAUGGGUGAAAAUGAUUCACGGCCAGUGGAUUUGAACAUGGAACCACCACCGGAGCUGCCCAAUUUGUGCCCUGUUUCUACGGACUCCAGUCAAAAUGUGCCGUUGAAUCCGAACAAAGAUUUUGAUAGAAAGGGACCAGCUGAUAAUCAGUUUGAUAUGCGUUUUAAUAAUUUUGGCCCCAAGGGGAUGGAAUUUAAAUCUGGUGUGCCAUUUGGACCUCGGGGACCGUCAAUGUUUGGCCCUAGAGGUCCUCGCGCGUUUCCAACUGGUCCUCCGUCAGGUCCUCCUCCACUUUUAUCGCAAAGUUCUAUGGAUAUACAAUUGGGCCCACGAGGUCCCAAAGAUGAUCAACUUGGACUUAAUGUACCUACUGAAAAUCGAUUUAGCCCUAGAAGAUUCAUUGAAGAGCAAUAUGGUGAUCGAGAUCGCAAUAAUGAGUUAUCUGAACCUCCAAAUAAUGAGAAAUUUGAUCCACGUGGCCCGGUAGACAAGUCAAUUGGUCAGUUUGAACCUCGAGCGCCGGUAAAUGCAAAGUUCGGCCUGAGAGGACCCAUUGAUCGACAGAUUGGACCAAGGGGACCAAUUGAUUUACCAUUUUUACCGCGAAAUCCUGGUCCAUUUGGACCCAGAGGCAACAAUUUGCAAUUUGGCUCUAGAGGAAUUAAUGAUCGUUUGGAUUCCCGAAUACUUUCCGAAAGACCAUUUGGUCCGCGAGGGCCUAAUGAAGGAUCAUAUGGUUUUAAAAGUUUUAGUGAUGCACUUUUCGGUAAACGUCUUUCAGACUCGCAGUUCAGCGCUAUGGGAUCUAAUAAGUUUGAUAAAACGAAUGAGGUACCGUUUGAUAAGAGACCUCCUUUCGAUGACAGUGGAUCUUUUGGUUUUUCUGACGAAAGAACUCUUGGUUCUCAAAGAUCUAAUGAAGGUAUGACUGGUCCCCGUGGUUCUAAUGAACCUAUUUCUCUUAGUUCAAAUGAUGCUCUGCUUCCACCUAACUCGAAGAAUUUCAAUGUGAACCGAUUUGAAUCCCGAGAUUCUAACAGUGGACCUUUCGGAUCGUCGGACUUCAAAGCGAAAGGUCCGAUGACUGAUUCAACUAAUGUGAAUUUUCCACCUCCAAGCGAUUCUUUGCUCAGUCGCAGCGAUUACAUACGUAGAAACCCCUGUAUCAGAAAAGAACAGUUUGAAGAUAAUAUUUUUGCUAAGAGGGCCAGAUAUGAAAACCCAAAACCGGGUGAAGAAUUCAAUAGAAGUUGUCUGGACAAAAAUCUCGAUAUAGAAAUGCGGAAAGGUAACACCAGUGAGUAUGUUAGACGUAUACCUGAUCUUAAUAAAAAAGAAUUAGAUACUGCACCUCGUCCGGGAUACGGACCGAACGACACUUGGAAGGAUAAGUUCGGCAACAUUCAGAAGUCCGAUGCAGAGCAACACAAUAUAAUCGACAGAAACGUUCCAAAUAAGUUCGACGAGAGAUCGAGGAUCGAACCAAAGGUGAGUGAUUACAAGUCGCGAUAUGGUGAAUCCCCGACUGGACCCGAUUUCCAAUCGAAGCAUGCCUCUAAUUUAUUCAUGAAACGAUCUCCAUUAAAGGGUGGUCAAGAAUUUUGCGUACAGAGGCAAUUUAAUUAUAAUCACGGCGAAGGUGAUAAGAAAUUCGUUGAAUCGCUUCUCUUCACUCCGACGAAGGUGAUUGAUUACGGGCACGUAUCUCGUCCUUUGACUAUGGAUCAGCAUCUGUCAUCGGCCCAGUCCUUUGAUUACGGUCAUGGGAAUUUAAAACCAGCAGUUAAUCGCGAACAGCAACAGCAUCAUUAUCCGAAGAGAGAUUUUAGAAACUGGGUGGAGAAUGAGCAGAAUCUGAGGGAAUAUACUGAAAAGAUGAGCAACUAUGAAAAUACCAAAGGACAUAAACCGAGGAAUUACGCGAUGAAUUACGAGAUGCGCAAAUCUGUGGAUUAUAAUAAACGAAAGGAACAUGAUUGGCAAUCGAAUAAGAAAACCGACGAGGAGAAGAACGGUGAUCGUAAAGAGAGAGGAUAUAAUCCUGAAUCAGAAUCUCGAAUUUUUGAACGAAAUGAUAAUGAUCAGAGCGACCGAUACCAAAAUGAUAGAAAUAUUCACAAAGAUAUAGAACGGAUUCAAGAGACACGUGAUAGUUUCCGAAGGGAAAUGAAUAAAGACAAUGACAAAGAUGAUAAUAGAUUGAAAGGAAAUGUUAACUGGCAGGAGAAUUCAAACAAAAACGUCGUAGAUACAAAACUACAAGAGAUCAGCCUUUCUCUAGACACAAAGAAAGAUGUUGCGGAAUCAACUACGAAAACCUUGGAAUUGGCAAAAAUGCCAAAUUACACCAUGGUCGAUGACUUAUUGUGCCCACCGGGUCGCCAGAACAGACCACCAAAAAUAGCUAUCAUCCUCAGAGGACCACCGGGCAGCGGCAAGUCUUUUGUGGCUAAACUUAUUAAGGAUAAAGAGGUCGAGCAAGGUGGCUCUCCGCCAAGAAUACUGAGUUUAGAUGAUUACUUCCUCGUAGAAAAGGAAAUAGAGACUAAGGAUGAUAAUGGAAAGAAAGUCACAGUUAAGGUAUAAUACUCAUGUUCCUGA